AAUACUAGAGUAUAAAAAGCACUGGCUUGGCUGGUAAUCGAUAUCAGUUCAUUAAGCUCCAUUGCAAAGAACAGUCUUCUUACCCCAAUAACAACAACAAAAUGAAAUUCCUCGUGUGCUUGGCUUUGUUCGUCGCUGCCGCCUCCGCCGGUGUAGUUGCUCCCCUCACCACAACUUAUAGUGCUGCUGUGCCUGCUGUUGCCACAUAUGCCGCCGCCCCUGCUUACACCGCAUAUGCUGCUGCUCCCGCUUACACCCACUCUGUGUACAGCGCUGUCCCUGCCUACACUUCGUCGGUUUACAGUGCUGCCCCAGCCUACACCACCUAUGCUGCUGCCCCUGCUGUAGCCUAUAGUGCUCCCGCUGUCUACUCGACUUUGUUGAAAAAGAAGUAAAUUUGAAAGGGAAGAUUCUUUGAGAUUGGAUUGUUUGAAUUGAUGUCGAUGAGUUUGGAUAGAAAAGAUUUUUUGUAAUAAAGUGAAAUAAAAAUUUAAAAUAAAGUAAUAAAAAGGUAUUUUAAUAUUUUUUUAAAUUAA